AGGCUCGGUGGCCCAGGUCGCGCCCGAGGGAGGGCCGAGUCGGAGUGCAGCGGCCUGGGUGGGGGUGCUGAGGCCGGGGGCGGACAAGGCCCGAUCUGCAGUCUGGGCGCAGAGUGCUCGCGGCGGGAGGGCAGGAUGUACACGCUGCUGUCCGGGCUGUAUAAGUACAUGUUCCGGAAGGACGAGUACUGCGUGCUGAUUCUGGGCCUGGACAAUGCCGGAAAGACGACCUUCCUGGAGCAGUCGAAAACCCGCUUUAACAAGAACUACAAGGCCAUGAGUUUCUCCAAAAUCACCACCACCGUGGGUCUAAACAUCGGCACGGUGGACGUGGGGAAGGCUCGGCUCAUGUUCUGGGACCUCGGUGGGCAGGAAGAGCUGCAGUCUCUGUGGGACAAGUACUAUGCCGAGUGCCAUGGCGUCAUCUACGUCAUCGAUUCCACCGAUGAAGAGAGACUGUCGGAGUCCAAGCGAGCCUUCGAGAAGAUGGUUACAAGUGAAGCUCUGGGUGGUGUCCCCAUCCUUGUGCUGGCCAACAAGCAGGAUGUCGAGACUUGCCUGUCCAUCCCCGACAUCAAGACGGCAUUCAGCGACUGCACCGCCAAGAUCGGCAGGCGGGACUGCCUGACCCAGGCCUGCUCGGCCCUCACUGGCCAAGGGGUGCGUGAGGGCAUCGAGUGGAUGGUGAAGUGCGUCGUGCGGAACGUGCACCGGCCACCACGGCAGAGGGACAUCACGUAGGCACGGCCAGCGCCCGCAGCUCGUGCCCACAGCUCCUGCGGAGCCCGCGGGCGCUCUGCCACCUCCAGCCCCCAGUCCCGGGGAUGGGACUGGCUUUGUCUUUGGGCCUUUUCGUUUGCUUUAUUUUCUAAGAGUUCUUUCUGCACCCAGAGGCUUCUGCCUAGGGAAUAGGGGCCGGGGACCUGCAGCCACACCCGGCCAGGACCCGCCCAGAGCCCACUUUGGGGCCUGGGAAUAAAGCCUCAGCGUUGGCAGCCGGCCUGCCCGCCAGCCGGGGUGGGGCCCAAGGGGUCUUGGUUGGAAGUGGGGUUUUCCAGACCUCGCAGCUCGCCGCGGACAGGAGGGGCUCUGGCUGCCCUCGGUCUCUAUCCACCCUGAUUCUGGAGGUGGCGGGGCGCUGGGGUCACCAUGCGGGAAACUCGGCCCACACUCCUGAAGGCUAGCAGGAGUUGGGUUCUGAUGCAGUCUCAGGGUAGGGUGGAGGAGAUCUGCCAGGGAGGCCAUGUCUCCCUUCCCUGUGGCCCAUGGGCCCAACAUCACAUUUUGAUCCCCAGUAAGGAAAGAAAAGCUGGGAGCUCGGGCUGGGAACAGGCAUACCCCUACCUAAGCUUAACGGUCACCCACGUGGGACAAGCGUGGUUGUCAUCUCGGGUGCACCAUUGGGGGCGGGUGGCCUGGGCAUGGAUGGGGGUGUUGGGAAGGUGGGUGGGGUCCCCUUCCAGGCCCAUGCUUAGCAGCUGCCCUCACUGUGAGGCUAGUUGAGACCCUCCCCACAUGGCUCAUGUGGGAGCUGGCCACGCCCAGCCCACCUGGCUACAGGUAAUACGAGUAAAAUAAAGGUGGUCCGAGCAGCUCCCGUCCCUUGUCCCUCCACGUGGCGAGGCUGGGUUGUGGGCUCUGGCUGUGUGGUGACCACAGCACAAGGGGCUCCAGGCUGGAGCCAUGGCCCGUCCAGCACUACCUGCUUUCAUGGAACCAGCCUGGCCAUAGCCAGACCUGGUAGCUUCAUGUCCUCAGGUCAGGCUCCUCCAGGCUGCCCGCCCUCCCUCCCUCCCUACUGGGGGCCUAAGAGGGGCUGCUGGGAAAGGAUGAGUCAGGGGAGGGGCGGGGACCCAGCUGCAGGUGGAUGACUCAUGGGGAGUCCUGGGCUAUUAGAUUCUAUCCCUCCCUUGGGGCCCCUCAUGGGGUCAGAUGGGGUUCCUGGGCCUGUGUUUGGGGAGGGCAGCCAGGCUGGGGCUGGGUGUCCCUUCCUCCUCCUCCCCUGGCACUGGAGCAGCCUUGUUUCCCCAGAAAGCCCAGCAGGAGGGCUUUAGCCAGUCCCUCCUGGGAAGUCCCCUGCCGGAGGGAGGGAUGGGCGGAGUGCAGAAGGAGGGCAGGGGAGGGGCAUUGGUCAGUCCGCUGGGUCCUGUUCCACAGGGGAACUGCUGGCCUUGAUGUGACCCUCCUGGGUACUGCCCCAUAUUGAGCUGUUCCCUGGCUGGCCCUCACCCACCCUCCACACUGUCCUGACCAUUGCGAGCUCCAUGGGGCUCCCACUGUGCCCCACAGCAGGAAGGGGUACACCUGCCACCCACUGGGUACCCACGGUCCUUCCACUGAGGCUCUGUCCCAGUGCCUGGGGGAGAACUUGAGAACUCAGGAAGCCCCAGUGCUGCCCAGGUGUUUCCUUGACGCGUCCCCUCCAGUCUCUGAGCCAACAGGACGCAGCUGUCUGCAACCAGUUUUGUAAUAAACCGGCUUUAUAAAAAAUAAACUUCGUUGGCACGA